CAAAGUGCAAUUUGCCCCAAAAAAUUUCAUUUUCCUCUUCAUAUUAAAACCCCUUUCCUUAUCCCUAGCUAGAAGCUGCAGUACCCUAUCCCACCCCCACCUCUGCCCGGGCACAAAAUCUCCGGUCAAUUUUCCGGCAAUAUUCUUCGCAGGCUUAAUCUGAAACUGCGGAAAUAAGAGGUAACCCCGAGGGAAAAAUUUAAAAGGUAAUGGGAAAACCACCACAGCCGAUUCAAAAUGAGACGGAGGAGAGAAAAGAGAGUGAUACUGCGACGGCCAGCAACAACAAUGAAGGCAGUAAAAAGAAGGUGACGAGAAAGUUGCCAAGCCCGAGAGAGCUAAUAUCGCACUAUGAAUCACAAGGCCUGGACUCCCAAGAAGCUUCCUUGAAAGUCAUUGAAGAUCUCCAGGGUGCUCUCUUCAGGGUGAUCAGCUCUUCUCGAAAUGACAAGAAUCGCAAUAAUAAUAGGAAUGAGUCAUCUGAAACCUCUAGAAAACUCGAUGUCAUCCAUGCUCGACUACUCAGCCUUGACAUGAAAGUUGACUCCAAGCCAGGCUACCCUCAAACCCUCGCCAUCGGGAUGGCCUCUGGUGUCCUUCUUCAAGUGCUCCCUCGUGUUGCGGAUUCGGUUGUCCAAAUUUGGAACAAUGUUAGAAAUGCUGCUAACUCAAAACAGUAAUAGAUCAAAUUCUUGUUGGUUAGCAUGCUUGCUUGUAGACUUGUAGUCAUGGUUCUUCUACUUUUGAAGUAGAGUUUUGUUGAACUUAUGAUAUGCCAAAAAAUAGAAAAUUGUUCUCUUAGGGGCGUUUUUUUCUUUUAUGAACUUUGUUCAACCUAAUGUCAUGAAUCUUAGCAUGUGUCACAUUAUUUGCCUGUGCCAA